UACCCAGUUUCCGUAGAUAAAACGAUAAUCAACUUGAUUAUAUGUAACGAGGAAGUGGGGGCGUGUAACAUAUUACCAGUGCUCCAAACAGCGCAAUGUAGAAGUGGUCAAUUGGGUAAAUAGCUAUUUAUGCAGCUAAUUACGGCUGGCUCCAAUAUCAUUAACGGGUUAUUCAUUGGUACGACAUCACAGUGGACUAUUCUACAGCACGUUUAAGAAUUCUACGCAGGAUAAAUGUAGCAUACUACAAACGAAGCGGCAAAUUAGUUUAAAGUCGAUUUGUUGUCAGGAGUGUUGAAGUCCGGCAUGCGCAGAUGGGACGGCGGCUGCUCUGGACCUUCGCGUUUGCACCCGUGGAACUGUGCAGGAAGGACGGAUCGUGCCCAAGAUCGCCGCUCCUCUUGCUCAGACUGGAUCGAGGCUAAUGGGGAAGACACCAGUGACCAUAUUGUGCCCUGAUCAAUGAUCAUACUCAACAGGUGUCCAGGAUGUAUUCCCUGCGGAAGACGGUGUUGCUGGUGAUCGUGGCCUCAGUGCUGCUGGUGGCAGCCCUUCUCCGCUCCUGGACGCCGAGGACCUACACCACCGUGGACGUCCGGCAGAGACCAGGGAGCAGCGUGGAGCGGCUCCUGGAGGAGAGGCUGCAGGACUCUGACCAGCGAUACAGCAGCAUACCGUACCAUCUGAAGGAGAGCGUAGCUGGCCUGCUCGCCCGGAACGGCUGCGCGUGCGAGGGGGAGGGCGGGGGGGUCCGCCUGCCCUUUGCCCAGCUGCUGUUCCCGCGGGUGUCGGCCCACCCCCUGCACACGGCCUUCGAGCCCUCGGAGCUGGAGGAGCUGAAGCGCCGCCGCGCCCAGGAGUACCACGGCUUCCAGAUGAGGUCCCAGACACCUGCGGAUCUGCUUAUUGUGGCAGAAGCCAACAGCCCCCUGCAGUACCCCACCCAGGGGGUUGAGGUGCGCCCCCUGAAAACCAUCCUAAUCCCGGGGCUGGCGCUACAAGAACCACCCAGAGAUCUUCACUCGGUGAACUUCACUGCCACCCUGGGAACGUUCAACGUGGCCGCAGAAGUGGACGGGGUAAAGAUGAAAGGCGAUGGGGAAAUGCACAUGACCCUCUCCAGCAACCUGCUGCCAAACCUGAACCGACAGCUGCAGUUUGUCACCUACACCAACACCCUCUUCCACCCCAGCACUGCCGACACAGUGCAGUUUGAGACCGAUGGACACCAGGCGCUGUUCACAAUCAAGGUCCGGCAUGGCGUCACCCCAAAACUAUAUAACCCUGGACCAAAGGGAGAAUACAAUAUCAGUGCGCUGGUCACCAUAGCAACCAAAACAUUCCUGCGCUACGAGAAGCUGCAGAAUCUGAUUGACAGCGUACGGCGGUAUUACCCCACCGUCACCAUAGUGAUCGCGGACGACAGCGAGCACCCGAAGCCCGUGACCGGCCCUUACAUCGAGCAUUACAUCAUGCCUUUUGGGAAGGGCUGGUUCGCGGGGCGGAACCUGGCCGUUUCCCAGGUGACCACCAAGUACGUCCUGUGGGUGGACGACGACUUCAUCUUCACGGGCAGCACCAAGCUGGAGAAGCUGGUGGACGUGCUGGAGAGCACCACCCUGGACCUGGUGGGCGGAGCCGUGCGGGAGGCCACGGGCUACACCGCCACCUACAGGCAGACGAUAUCCAUCGAGGCCGGGGAGGAGGAGGGCGACUGCUUGCACAUGCGCAGGGGCUUCCACCACGUCGUCCAGGGAUUCCCCAACUGCGUCAUCACCGACGGCGUCAUCAACUUCUUCCUGGCCCGGACCGACAAGGUCCAGCAAGUGGGCUUCGACCCCCGGCUGGCGCGGGUCGCUCACCUGGAGUUUUUUAUCGACGGCUUGGGGUCCCUCCACGUGGGCUCCUGCGACGACGUAAUCGUCGGCCACGCCACCAAGAUCAAGCUGCCAUGGGGCCAGUCGGAGAGCGACAAGACGUACGCCAAGUUCCGCUACCCGCCGGCCUCCUCCGACGCCACGCACACCAAGAACGGCCUGCUCUACUUCAAGAACCGCUUCCAGUGUUUGACUCACAACUGAGCCCCCUGCCCCUCACCGCUCCUGCUCCCUUUCUCAAUGACCCCCGACUGAGCUGCCAAAGAAGGUCCCUUUCCUGUGUGAGACCCACAAGCCAUUCCGUAUUCUUUUUGUUUUUUUUUGGUUUAUUUUUCAGGAAGACCGCCGGCCCCCAUUAAGUUAUAGUGCCGUGAAUAUAAGAGUUUGACUCUCCUCCCUACACCGCCCCACCCCCCCCAGCCCACAUAACUGCCGAACGGCCGCGAUCCAGAGGAGGGACCCGGGAGAGUCUGGUGGCCUCCCGCGGUUGGCGCUCCGGAGGCGAGCACCGCGUCUGACUGAGCGCAUCGCGGACUCGCCGGCUGGGCCAGCAGCCGACGGGGCCGGGCUGCCUCCGUCCCCGCCUCCGACGGUCUCCCAGUGAGGCGGCAAUUCUGACGUCUGCCAGAAGGUGGCGAUAUGAAGAAGAGAACCGUACAGUCGAGGUGUUCCAGCUGGGCUAACGUGUUCCUUGACGACUUUGUUCAACAAAUUUAAAUUUUGCCACCCGUAAGUUUUUUUUAAUUUAUUGAUGCUGUCUCACGUAUGGAAAAGGACAAGAGCACUUUUGUGAUGCCCCACCCAACCCCACCCAUAUUGUCCCUCUCUGCACAGAUACGAUUCAACUGUAACCCCACCCAGGGGUCUGUGCACCCUGCAGAGUGUUUAAGAAUGGCCUCCCUCCAUACCUCCUAUUAGACGGACACGUCCUGGAGCGUGCCCAAAUGAGGGAGCUGGCUUCACCAAAGCACACUGUUUCCGGAAAGUACAUCCAAAGGAAUACCGUGAUGGCGGCAGCUCAGCGUGAACCUGAACCGCUAACCUAACGAGAGAACCGUGGGGGCUGCAAGACGCACCAAACGUGAGGCCUACACUUGGGUUUACCACAGUGCCAUGAGUUGGCUUUUGAGACAUAUUGUAGUGUCUUUUUAACUGUUGUUCUCAUGAAUCCAGUCAAUGCAUCAUUCCUUUCCAAGAGUUCAGACUGAAGUUGUGAAUAUCCUUCAUCGUGUGUAACUCAAUCAAUUAUACAAGACUGGAGAAUUGUUUUUAUACAGCCUUUUUUUCCCAAGGGUAUCGUUACACGUUUUGUUUUGUGUUGCCAUUUUGUAUGUUGACCACUAGAUGGCCGCCUUCCAUCGAAAAAGUGUAUUACCAAAAAGGUCUUUUCCAUAUUAUAAAUCUCAUGAAGCAGAUAGGAAGGAAUUGGAGAGGUUAAAUUCAUUGUGAGUUCAUUAAGAAACCCACUAGAUGCGUUCAUCAUUUUGUUUGAUGAGAAACUUUAUAAUGAACUGAAAUGUGUGUCAAGAUUCUGUUUGCUAUUUGGAUGCUGUGACCAGAUCGUGAUGCCUUCCUUUCUGUCCUCCAGAUUAUAUGCACCUAAUGGUAUCAGAAGGUUAUUCGAGGGAUGUGCUUUGUCGAACUUUUUCAACAGUUAUUGCUUUGCUUUUGUUUUCUUCUCUGUUGGCCACCCUUUGCGAGCAGAGAAAUAAGAAUGCAUGUUGUGGGUAGCGUGUUUCGCACUCUGAGGUCCUGGGGUGUAAUCCAGGCGGGUGAUGGAGGCACUGGAGAGAUGGAUUUGCGCGUCGUGUUGCGUGUGAUGCGCGCAUGGCUGGGGUUUGCUGGAAUGCCGAGAAACAGAGCUUUCCUGGCAGCGGUGACGUCUCAGCUCAGCAUUUAUCAUAGUUGAGUCAAGUUUUGCUGUUUUGUUAUAAAAAAAGGGACCAUAAAUAUCCAGGUUAGAUUAAUACAUUUCCUAUAAGCCCUGGGCAAAGUACUGUGCACUGAAAUUCAAACAUGUAAAUUACAUUUUUUUUAAGAGCUUGCAAACCUUUUUGUUUAGGACUCUAAAUUGCCCGUCUGAGCGCGUGUGUGCAGCCGUGCCACUGCAUAUCUGCUGAACCAGUCGGUCCAAAAAACGACGAGGAACUUAUUCAGAAAUGAGCUCGUGCACGGAGACCAGUCAGCCUGCGGCGUGAUUGGUUCGGGUGUGUGAUGUGUUAUUAGCUGCACGUCCUGACUGCAGGUCACUUAACUCCAGCCUCGCAUGGCUCAGCCAAAACAAGAGAAACCCUUUACUCCCAUUUGACUCAAGUUACUUUUAUAAACAGGAGUGUGCAUAGACAACUAUAUCUGUAUUUUACCAACCGACAAAAUUAUCCUUGUAUGCUCCUGUAUUUUGAGAGGAAUGCCCAUGUAAAUGUAAAAAUGCAAGUUUUUAAGCCCAGUGAACAUUGGCGUCGCCGUUCUUGUUUUCAAGGCAGCAGACCUGUGGUUUAACACAGGCAUAUCAUUAAUCAUCAAGUAUGCUGAAAGAUCCCUAAUUUUAAAAUCUGUAUUUUACAAACAACACUACCCUAGACAUCCUAAUGAUGACCCAUUAUAUAUAGCUAGAUUUUAUAAUUUUCUGAACAACACAAGUGCUCACACUAGCUGCACCAGACACUGGUGUUCUGGGAGCAGGCAGCUCUGUCAAAUCUCUACCAGCCUUGACCAUUUCAUCCGAGUACUUUGCUAACAGUUAGGAAAAACCGUAUUAGGCUGUUGCUAGCUAGCAACCAGUUCACUGUGGCUAGCUAGCUAGCCAAGUACACUAAGCAAGCUAACUGGCAUCUACUAGCCUACUAGUCUCCCUCACAUACAUAUGUUCACUUCCACCACAUUAAAUUUGUGCUGGAUGUGUAUGACAGGAGUGUAAAUGUCUAAAAGUGCAUAUCGAAACACUACUGAUUGUAGUUGCUAAAGCCUGAUUAUUUUUGGUAGCAAUCAAAUAGACAUAUCAGUGUAACUAAGCUAGCAGAAUUAUGCAGUAUCUCUCUCCCUCCAGUUUGUGUGUGUGUGUGCGUGCACGUGUGUCUGUCUGUCUGCAGCAGGCCCACUGCUUAGCCCCUCUACUGCAGUAGAACCUUAGAGACAGGAAUCUAUCUGGAAGUUUGAAAUGUUCAUCACUCUUUUGGCAAAUUACACAAAAGUUUAAUUUCAGUAAUUUAUUCAAUUGAGCUACUCACAUUAUUCUGGUUUUAUUUCUAUAAAUAAUUUGUAUAAGCUAAUAACUAGUGAUUAAACAAGCUGUAAAUGGGAUUACAUUUCUGAAAGACAUGACAUAAAACUGAACAUAAUAGUAAUCGGUCUAUAGUUGACAAUCGCUAGCAAAAAAGCUAUCUGUCUUGCUUUUGCAAAAAUAAAAACAUUACAAAUAGAAACAAUAUCAUAUAUAAUGUAGCUUGUGUGUGUUGAAUACAGAGAAACCAAAAGCUACUGAACAGGCGGGUUCAAAGCAAGCUAGGUAUGGUUAUUGCCUUGUCAUAAAAGACACCGCUUCAGUGAAGGGGCAUUGAAAGUUGGGCAGCUGUUAGCAGACACAAAGCCGCCUCUGGCAACCCAGCCCAACUUAAACUGCUUCUUGCUCUGUUCAUCAAUAAAGGCAUCUGUUUAGAAACUCAUUGCAAUUAGAUGGACCAAACGUGCAGUUUUAGAGUGAGACCUGUAUUUCUAGUUUUUUAAUCAUCAAAAAGCGUGACUGCAUUUUUUGUUCAAAGUUUGCUUUUUUAAUACAAAUCGCACGGUAUUUUCUGCAUUAACAUGGGAUUUUCACGAUUUACAAAUCAAAUGAAAAAAAAAACUUUUGAAUACCGUUGGUCAACUGUGGAAAGAAAAUAUAUCUGUAUACAACGUAUUAUGUGUGCAUUUACAAAAUAAGUUAUUUGGGUUUGGAUGCAACCCAAGGAACCAUGAUCUUACCAUGAAAGUGAGACCAAGGCGUUCGAAGUAUGAUCCCUCCUUCAUUUUAAGAAUCGGUUCCAUUCAGGAGCUUCUUUUAACAUUAUGCAACUGGCAGUCACUAAAACUAACAAAAAUGUUUAAAAAUCAAAACCUAAAUUGGCAUUCGUUUACUUUUUUUCAGAACCCAAUAGUUAAAAACAAAUCGCAUUGCUGUUCGAUUGAACUGAGGCCUUAUUUGGAGGAAAGGAACCUCUCGAUUCGUUGUGAACCUCCGUGGAUUACAUGAGGGGCGGGGCUUCGUGCCCCGCGCGCACUUGUAAAUAGUUAACGUUAUUUACUUCCAGCAUGCAGUUUCGUACCAUAGCUGCCGUGGGUUUUGGUAAACUGAAAAAAAGGAAAGCUAAACUCCCGUUUACCAAGUGCCUGUGUUGGAAUAUAAAGCGCACCCAGGCAGUCUUAAUGCAUGUGCAGCUUACUUCACGAAGUCGUUUUAAAACAGCAUGGCCUUACCGAUACCAUUUCGUCAGCACUUUCUCAGUAGGAUCGAAAAAGCAUAUUCAUUAAUACCCAGCAAGCCAAACUUUUGUACGUUUUUUGUAGGUUGUGGAAAGUUGUGAAAACGCCGUUGCCAUAGUGUUGUUAUUCACCGCCGACGUUGUUAAAAAGUUGCGAUAAAGUUUUGCGCUAGCUGUUCGUGGAGGUCUAUAAACCGGGGAACACGAGAUACAUGAAUUGUGGGGUGUGUUAACUGUUUCAUGUGGGGGUAAUAUUGGAUGUUGUGUCUGGAGACUGGUUGAGGGUGUAGAGGGGUGCCUUCUGUGGCAAUUACCCUGAAAUACGGCUGGCUACAGUCUUGUGUUUGGCAGAUUAAUUGAUGCGAGGCUACUUUUUUUGCUUCCCCUAACGCCAAUUAGCAAAAUACUCCAUGAGCUUUAAAAGGGAAUGCCCGGAGGGGGCACCGUCAAGAGAUUUCUUUGAAAUAUGAACUGGGAAAAAAAAUAGUGUGAGCACAUAACAUCAAGCAGACAGAUGAUUUGCUUUCUGUGUUGAUCAUAUUUUUGGUGUGUUUUUGUCCUGUGUUUGAACUUGAUUUGCACUGAUUUAAAUGUACCAGGUCAAGGUAGCGAUGUUUGUGAUCGAACUGAGGGAGGCGUGGGAAUUCAGUGUUGGGAUUUGCGUACACGUGACUGCAAAGUGCUCAGAAAUACAUCCGGUAUUCCGGUAUUCACAAGCAGUCCGGUUUAGAGAGACCCUGACCCAAGUUCAUUGUUCUGACCUCAGCCAAUAUCUCUCUCUAACCACACUGGGCAUGUGCACACAGCAUGUCAUCCCUUCCACUUGUAAACGGGGCUCAGGUUGGGGUAAAUAUUAGUAGGCUAAUGUGAUAUGUGAACUGAUUCAGGAUAAGCUGCUCGGAGCCCCUCAUUGUAAAUGGAAUUGCAUGUAAGUAUGUGUGUGUGCCUUCCUCUGUGAGGCACACUAGAUGAGGAGAAUGUGUAAAUGUGUAUAUGCGUUUUUUUAAUCCUAUUUAUUUUACUUGAUCCCUUUACGGAGGAUUUAGCUAAGGCUCCCUUAUGCAGAUCAGGUAUUUGAAGGAAACACUGGGUGCUAAAGUCUAGUUGUGUUUAAGCGUAUUUUAAGUGCUUUUUUCCCUCCUGUUUGUCGUUUGAUGUACUUAUUUAUGUAUUUAAGCCUCUGUCUUCCUGUCUGUGUGACUCUUCUGUUGCGAAACACUGAAGGGACUUGACCAAUCGUGCGAUAAGACUCUUCUCCAUCCCGGUCUCCCUGGAGACGUACAGGUGGAAGACCUCAGUCUCUGAGCUUGUGCGUGUACUGUGUUCAGAUCAUAAGAGGGGUAUAGUUUCCUGGUCCUCAUCUUUUGAGGGGAAAUUAUUCUUCCCCUCCCCACGCAAACAACAGCUCCCCCAAACGCACAGACCUUAGCAGUGAGAUCCACGCCUCCCCAGUGUUCCACAAUGGCUCGGCUGUAUCAGUGUGUGUGGGAAGGGAAGCGCACGUCACGUUCUGAUUGGUUUUCGCCGCUGUAUUUUGCCUCAUCGCCGCGACCGCUAUGCUGCGCUUUGGCCCCGCCCCCAGCUCUGUGUAUCUUUGAGACCCGCUCUCAUCGCUAUGGCCACGUAGAUUGACACAGGCUCGACGGCAGCAAAAGGCCACGCCCUCGUGUUCAUUUGAUCAGUUUGUAUAGAUGACGUUGAUUUUGAGCAGUAAUCAAUAAAUCUGACUGAAUUUGU